AUGCAGGCAGCUAUUCCUUGCCAAGCUGUGAAUGCCAACAACCAAUGCCCUCCUUUGUGGGCCUUGAACAAGAAGAUGAAAUCAGCUCAUUGUUCUAUUGAAAGGAAGGAUCAUGAUGAAAUGGCUGAUAGCGCGCGUAGCAAAUUUGAGUGGCAGAAUCCUUCUGCCAUCAGGGAUGCAAAUAGAAGGCGGCCAAAUGAUCCACUUUAUGACGAAAAAAUGUCAACAUCUCAAAAGCAAUACUGGAAUAUUAAGUGCAAAUAUAUGGAUGUUGUCCUCUUUUUCAAAGUGGGCAUAUUUUACGAGCUCUAUGAGCUAGAUGCUGAGAUUGGCCAAAAAGAACUUGACUGGAAAAUGACUGUUAGUGGGGUUGGCAUUUCAGAAAGUGGUAUAGAUGAUGCUGUUGAUAAGCUUGUAGCUAGGGGCCUUUCUUGGAACUUUCAGGUUACCCUAGCUUCUAACAGUUCCCAGGUCUAUGGAUUUGCUUUCCUAGACUAUGCUGCCCUUAAAAUUUGGGUGGGUUCAGUCCAAGAUGAUGACUCGUCUGCAGCUUUGGGUGCUUUGUUGAUGCAGGUUUCUCCUAGAGAAUUAAUCUAUGAAACCUCAGGCAUCUCAAAAGAAACUCAAAGGACAAUAAGAAAAUACGCCUCAGCAGGAUCUGUGAAGAUGCAGUUGACCCCCCUCUCUGGGAUAGAUUUCUCUGAUGCUUCACAAAUUCGAAUGUUAAUACAUUCUAAAGGAUUCUUUAACGCAUCAACAGAGUCAUGGUUAUCUGCUUUGGACUGUGCAGUGAAUCGAGAUGUAGUUAUUUGUGCACUUGGUGGACUUAUUGGCCAUUUGACUAGGCUCAUGUUACAUGAUGCCCUGAAAAAUGGGGAAGUCUUACCAUACCAUGUGUACAAAACAUGUUUAAGGAUGGAUGGCCAGACUCUUGUGAACCUUGAGAUUUUCAGCAACAAUUUCAAUGGCGGUUCAUCUGUUACUUUAUAUAAGCACCUUAAUCACUGUGUCACAGCAUCUGGUAAGCGGCUGCUAAGAAGGUGGAUUUGUCAUCGACUUAAAGACAUUGAUGCUAUCAAUAAAAGGCUUGAUGUUGUUGAGGGUUUUAUCCAAAACUGUGGACUAGGCCCUACAGCACUUGGGUAUCUCCGGAAAAUUCCUGAUCUUGAGAGAUUAUUAGGACAAGUUAGAUCCAUUGUUGGGUUAUCAUCUUUGCUUCAACUGCCCUUUAUUGGAGAAAAGAUACUAAAGAGACGGAUAAAAACAUUUACAAUGCUUAUCAAUGGCCUCCGCAAUGGUAUUGACUUACUCAGUGACUUACAAAGAGCGGAUCAUGGUGUCUUGGCACUUUAUAAGGUUGUGGAGAUUCCAUCAUUGAGCUGCCUUUGUGAGUUAAUCCAUACGUUUGAAGAGAGAAUACGAAAUGAAUUUUCAUGUGGCCAGCUUCGAAAGGAUUCUGAUGUCGAUGACAAUGGUGCCAACAAUUUGGCUCGUCUGGUGGAAUUUUUUAUUGGAAAGGCUUCUGAAUGGUCUUUGGUGAUCAAUGCUGUCAGCACUAUUGAUGUGCUUAGGUCCUUUGCUGCAAUGACAUUGUCAUCAUUUGGUGCCAUGUGCAGACCACAAGUUCUGCUGAAAGAUGAUGUGCCUAUACUUCGGAUGAAGGGUCUGUGGCAUCUUUAUGCUUUUGCGGAAAAUGCAAAUGGCCUGCUUGGCUGUUAUGUCCCCUGCACAUCAUGUGAGUUGACCCUUGCAGAUUCCAUCUUUAUGCGCCUUGGUGCAACUGAUCGGAUUAUGUCAGGGGAAAGUACGUUUCUCGUUGAAUGUACUGAGACUGCCUCUGUUCUUCAGAACGCAACUGUGGACUCACUUGUCUUGCUUGAUGAGCUUGGCAGAGGAACUAGCACAUUUGAUGGAUAUGCAAUCGCAUAUGCUGUGUUCCGCCACCUAUUGGAGCGUGUGAGAUGCCGUCAGCUCUUUGCCACUCACUACCAUUCUCUGACGAAGGAGUUCGCCUCGCACCCUCACGUGAGCCUCCAGCAUAUGGCCUGCAUGUUCAAGCCAAGCAGCAACGGCAACGGCCAGAAGGAGCUGACCUUCCUAUACCGGCUGACCUCAGGGGCCUGUCCAGAGAGCUACGGGCUGCAGGUCGCCACAAUGGCUGGAAUCCCGAAGUCGAUAGUGGAGAAGGCGUCCGUCGCAGGCCGGGUGAUGAGGUCUAAGAUCCCCGGGAACUUCAAGUCGAGCGAACAGCGAGCUGAGUUCUCGACCCUCCACGAGGAAUGGCUGAGGGAGGCCCUGUCGGUCAGUGUGAUGGACGGACUCCUGGAUGACGACAUCAUGGACACGCUGGUCUGCAUCCGGCAGGAGCUGAAGGCUCACUUCAGGAAAGCGAGAUGA